AGGUACAAUAUCUAUGCUUCGAAGUAUUUCACUGUCAAGCGUCAAUACUCCGCCGCUUUGUCACGUGCAGCUUCCUUUGAACUUGAAGCUGCGGAAUGAAUCGCAUUCGGAAUUGAAAAUUCACGGCACUGGCAACUUGUAGCAACCAACAACCAGACAUUCUUGCAACACUCCCCCUUCAACCGUCAAGAUGGUUGCUAUGUACAAUAUCGCAGGGCGCCAGAUCCCUUCACACUGGCUGGCCAUGGCCACCCUCGGCACAACCUUUGGAGGACCUUGGUUAUACUUCAGACUGAAGAGCCCCAGUGCGGCGUCGAAGACAACACCCCCGAUCAAUGCUGGUAGCAAGGACGAGGAGAAGUUCAUUCAGGAAUUUUUGCAACAGAUUGAGCAAGAAGACAAAGCAAACAAGAUCUCCGGGAAGGAAGCGCAUUAGACGAUUAUGGGUCAUGACUACUUCGAGUUGCGAGUUGUACAUAAGGUAGAAGGGUGAAAACAAUCACAU